CCGAGGUCUUCCGUCUGUCGUGUCAGUUGCAGGUUACAGUUGUAUUCGCAAGCUCGCAAGCGGCGGCCGGUUGCUUGCGGUUGCUGAGUUCUAAUUUUCGCCAUGGCAUCUGUUUUGUGUCCUGAAUUUACUGCUCCAGGUUUCUCUUUUGAGAAUCAUCAAAGAAAUGCCUUUUUAGCCAAAAAGGGCUUUCCUGCCCCCAAAGCCACCAAGACAGGUACCACUAUUGUUGGAGCCGUCUUUAGGGAUGGAGUUGUUUUGGGAGCUGAUACCCGUGCUACUGAAGACACAAUUGUUGCAUCCAAGAACUGUCAGAAAAUUCAUUACAUGGCUCCAAAUAUGUACUGUUGUGGUGCUGGUACUGCUGCAGACACUGAAUUUACCACUGCAUCAAUCAGUUCCCAGCUUGAGCUUCAUCGUUUGAAUACUGGCAGAGUUGUUCCUGUAGUCACUGCAAAUAUGAUGCUUCGUCAGAUGUUGUUCCGCUACCAGGGUCAUAUUGGAGCUGCGCUGAUUUUGGGAGGAGUUGAUAAUGCUGGUCCUCACCUCUAUAAUAUUUACCCACAUGGAUCAAGUGACAAUCUACCAUAUUGUACUAUGGGGUCUGGCUCACUUGGAGCUAUGGCUGUAUUUGAGUCUCGCUGGAAGCCUAACAUGUCUGAAGAGGAGGCUAAGCAACUUGUUCGUGAUGCAGUGGCUGCUGGUGUUUUUAAUGACUUGGCAUCUGGUAAUAAUAUUGAUCUCUGUGUAAUUCGCAAGGGAGCUGUUGAUUUUUUGAGACCCUACCAAGUUGCCAAUGAGAAGGGACAAAGAAUCAACUCUUACAAGUACAAGAAAGGUACUACAGUUGUGUUGAACCAGCGUGUGAUUCCAAUUCAAGUGGAAGAAGAGAUUGUGCGUAAAGUGCCCGCUCCAGAUGCUGAGGAAUCUAUGGAUACAAGCUAAAUUAACUGAUGGAUCAAGUGUAAUGGAUGUGUGGAUUAGGAACUAAAAGAUAUCAAUGCCAUGAGUUAAACAUUGGUGUGGAGAUUGAAUAAACAUAAUUUCUUAAAGUAAA